GAGUUACAGCGUGCCCUGAAAAUGUCACGCGGCUGCCGGCUCGGCGGGGAGCGCGAUUCCAGUGGUUGCAGAUGAGGACGCCGUUGUUGUGAAGCGUCAUUUGCGCAGAGUUUGCAACCAGGUACGGUCGAUGUCGUCAUUCUGGCACAUUCUGUGGCCGUCCAUCCUGCGGGACGCUAGAACAUUCUCAUCCCCAGGGAUCUGGCAGGUUCCGAAGGCACCAUGGGCACACCGAUGAUGGCGCUGCUUUCAAUCAUCGUGGCUGCAGUCAUGGUAUCUUCAGGAGCCAACGCUCAAAACCAUGAACUAUCCCUAGACUCGUGCUUUCAGGUACGCUUUCCCGACCUGAUAGGUAUAAAAGAGUGCUUGGGCAACGUGCUGAACAUGUGCGGGAAAAGGAAAGCUUACAUAAAACUGGCCUUGGACAAACUUGCCAACUGCCUCAUGGACGCUAUAUUUUCCAUAAGAUCGCUGAAAAGAAUUCUCACGGCUUUGAGAAGACCCCUGAUCUUUGCAUUCAGGACGUUAUUUCCAAGAGUGUCAAAAGCGGUGGUGCCCGUGCUCAAGGUGCUGCUGCCAAGGCCCUGUAACGCGCGAGAGAGGGAAGAGGGAACGUGCGACCGACAGCUGCUGCCGGCGACCCCGUGCAACAGCACCGUCAGCGUCACCUUCAGCGACCCUCUGGACGUCAGAGACUGCAUUGACCUCAACCAAUUUAUGUGCUUCGAACAAGGUGCUGAUAAAGACGAGAUGCUGAUAGAUCUGAUGAGAGCUAUUGUGUGCGCGAUGAAGAAGUUGCCCGAGCUAAGCGUUCGACUAGUGCUGAAGAAGCUCCUCUGCAGAGGCACGUCCUGGCUCAUCGAGUUCCUCCGUACCAGGGACUUCAAAACUAUGACGCGAGUGGCAGAAGCUUUUCACAGACUUGGGAGCUGUAAGUGUCACCAAAGUGUGUCUAAUUUAUUGUACCUUUGGCACAUACACGCAGGCAAUGUACUUGGUUUGGUGUCCCACGUUGCACCACAGUUAAUGUUACCCGAUGUGCGUCCAUCGAGCGGAUCCAGAGAGUGAGGGGGGGGGGGGGGGCUGCCCCCUAAAGAAAGAAAAAAGAAAAAAAAAACCACGCCUGCACUUUGUAGUGGGCCCCUUCCUUUCUCGUUCACUUAUGAUCGCUAACCACACCACUUUUGACCAAAACUGCUUAUUUGAAGCGAACUAUGUUCUGUUAAGCUGUGUUUUGUUUGCCACCACAAGAAGUAUGAACCACCUAAGCCAUGGCAACAAGUGGUGCAGGUCGCUGAUGCACCUUUCUGCCGCGUUAACAGCCGCUUUAUUUGAAAAGUGCAAAAAUGAAUAAAUAAGUAAAACUAGAAGAGCAGUAAAACACACAAGAGAUCUCGCUCUGUGGCUAGUUCAAAUGAGAUACCACAGUCACAUUACUCUUUACGAACCAUUAAAUGAAUGAAUUUCAAUUAAUUUUUUUGGUCGCCUGCAUCAAGAGCAACGUUGAGAUUCGAUCUUUCAAAGCUCAAUUAUUCUGAUAAAGGCAUAAGUGUAAACUUUUACGGCGCGACGGCAUGCCAAAAUUGGCCUUCACUCAAGAAACGCUGCAGGCAGAACGGCAGAAAUGGGGAAAGUAUGAGGCGGGCAGCUCAGUUUCGUAUAGCUUCAAGAGUGCUCAUUAAGGGCAUCCCACUCAGAAAACGCAUACUCUAAUUUCUUCUCGCAUGAGUAAGGGCCCCAACACGAGUCCCGCUCAGGGACGCGGAACGCAGACUGCGGCAUUCGUCCACCUCGCCGUCUUCUUUCUUACCUGCGUGCGGAAGCCACUCGACAUUUGUGCU